AUUACAAGUCAGACUUAUGUAAAAGCAGUCAAACGUGCUGAAGAAAGUCAGACCAUCGAAAGCAGCCAGUGUGUGGCUUCCGGGGAUCCACAUCUUACUACCUUUGACCAAAAACAUUAUACAGUUGGUGCUGAAUGUACGUACGUCUUAUCUAAAAUCAAUGUCGGUGAACAAACGACUUCAAUUAAAGCGCUUGUAGUGCCGUUUGCUGUUGGUUUUGGUGUGCAUGAGUUGGAGAUCUCACAGUUGGGAGAUGUACUACAUGUUUAUCGCAAUAGCGGUUCUGAAGUUCCAGUUGAUGUUCAAAUAAACGGCAAAGAUGCUUUCCCUAUUACUUCACCGGCGAUACUGGGUAGUUUCAAACAAUUCGAUCUGAAAAUGGUCGCAGAUAACUAUGGAUAA